AUGUUUAUAACAACCACAAAAUUCAUAAAUAAAAUCUAAUUAUUCUUAAUAAUGUUUGUCAGAGCUCUUCGUCUCAUAAACCCAAUGGGAUUCCAAUAUAGAACAUUCAGAUUCUGUUCAACAACCUAAAACAAGGAGUUAUUGGAAGAGGUUACUGCAAAAGUGCUUCAAGUCAUGAAAUCUGCUGCAAAAUGCAAAGUUGAUAAAUUAUCUGAUAAAGCCACAUUUGAAGAAUUAGGGUUUGACUCUUUGGAUGCAGUUGAAAUGGUUGUAGCUUUGGAAGAAAAUUUCGGGUUUGACAUUUAAAAUGAAGAAGCUGAAAGAAUUAAGGGUGUGGGUGAAGCAAUUGCUGUAUUCUACAAAUACAUUGUUUAGAAGAACUCAACUUCGGUUAAAUAAUGAUGAAUUAUCAAUUAAACAAUAUAAAGAGUGUCAUUCAUUAUUUAA